UUUAUCGUGCUUACUUUUUCAUUUUUACAGCAAUCGGACGCUGCUGAUCGUAACGCACUUCAAAAAGUUUGGAACGUUGUUGACAAUAAAUCGUGAAUCCGCCGUGAAUGGUUACAGUAGCGAUGUAUUCACGAUAAAGACAAUCUUUGGCAGCGACAACAAUGACGUUCAUCUAGCCGCCAGAUACAUAGCUCAACAGAUUAACAUUGAGAAACCAUUACUACUGUCAAUAGCACUGAAAGAUUAUGACCUGGAGUCUUUGAAAUCCAUUGUCGCUGCUAUAAAUCAGAUAAAAUCAUGGUAAUGUAACAUUAGUUGAAACAAUGAGUUUGAUCUUUGGUCAGCUUGUUAUCGGCCCACCCGGUAGUGGGAAAACAACAUAUUGCAAUGCAAUGUCCAAAUUCUUGGAGACCAUGGGGAGAAAAGUGGCAGUUAUUAAUAUCGAUCCGGCAAACGAAAAUAUGGAAUAUACUCCGGCGGCAGAUAUAUCUGAAUUAAUUAAACAUGAAGAGGUCAUGGCGCACUUAGGACUUGGACCAAAUGGUGCUUUAGUUUAUUGCAUGGAAUUCUUAGAAACUAACGUCAAUUGGCUUAUCACAAAAGUUUUGAAUUUAAAGGAUCAUUACCUUAUUUUUGAUUGCCCUGGUCAAGUUGAGUUAUACACGCAUCAUAAAUCAGUGAGCCAAAUUGCCGAGAAAUUGAACCAGAAUUUAGUGAGACUAUGCAGCGUACAUCUUGUGGAUUCGCAUCAUUGUAGCGAUCCUGGAAAAUACCUGUCCUCUCUAAUUCUUUGCACAACAACGAUGCUACAAAUAGGUUUACCUCAUGUAAACAUUAUGACAAAGUUUGACGAGAUGAAAAAGUUCAGCGAUCGCCUAGCAUUCAAUAUAGAUUUUUACACCGAAGUACUGAAUUUAGAGUAUCUCUUGGAACAGUUGGACGAAAAUCCCUUUACUGCAAAGUACAAAAAACUUAAUACUGCGCUAGUAUCAAUAAUCGAAGACUACAGUCUCGUUAGUUUUAUACCGUUGGACGUUACUAACAAAGCAUUGCUGCUGCAAGUGAAGAAUGCGAUAGAUAAAGCCAAUGGGUACGUUUUCGGUGGUAAUGAACCGCGAGACGUUCAAACGUUACUCGCAUGUGCGGUAGGGGCAGUCAGUGAAAUUGAAAGGAUGUCAACGAUGGAUGAAUAUUUAUAAGCAUUCUCUCACGUUAAAGUAAUUCUAACAUACAUCCAUAUUAACAUUUAUUUUUGUAAGAAUAUCUUGCAAUUUUUAUUAUGUUUAUAAAUAAUAAAUGCCAUGCAGUUGAUAAAAGA